GGUGACAUCCAGCAACUCCUCAUGGUAUCUGACCAUCGAGCUGCCUAUGAUUACUGUGAGCACUACAGCCCUGACUGUGACACCGCCGUUCCAGAUGCACCGCAGUCUCAGGAUCCAAAUCCAGAUGAAUAUUACACAGACGGGGACGGGAACCUGGAAGCAGAAGGAGAAACCUAUUAUUAUGAAUACCCCUACUACGAGGACACUGACGAUACUGGAAAGGUGAUUCCACCCACUACCCAACCUGUGGACAAUGAAGAAGUAGCCAGGGAAAGGACGGAAACCACUGAGGAAAGAACUCCUCCAUCCACACAAGCCCCACCUAUUGUGGAGAACACCCGAGAAGAAACCAGGGAGGAAGAAAAAGUAGAUGACCCACUGGUGGACGAAUACAACUAUGGGCCCAUGCCCAAUGAAUACUACACUCCACUUCCAUAUGAGGAUUUCAACUAUGAAGACAUUGACAAUUUGGAUAAAUUUACAGAAGGUGGCAUUGAAGCAGAAGUCCCCACAAGUACCGUUAUCACCCACAAUGAAACCGAAGUUACUGUAACAGGGAGUGAAGGUGGAGAAGACCCUGACAAAGACUUUACGGUAGACACGCUCAAGGAGUAUGAUGAUGGCUACUACGACGGAGGCUACUACGACAGGACAGACUCACCAGAUAUUGGACUGGGGAUGCCAGCCAACCAGGACACCCUUUAUGAAGGGAUUGGUGGGCCACGAGGUGAAAAGGGACAGAAGGGGGAGCCAGCAAUCAUUGAACCG